GCGAUGUUUGUUUUGUAUUUUUCUCUGCGAUACCACUUGACAAUUGGUCAUUUGUAUUUGCGAAAAGUCAAUGACAAAUUCAAGUUGAAAUGUUCAAAUCAUCUAAAAAGAUAUAUAGGUGAAAGUUUAUCAUUAUUCUCUGGGACUACGUAUCUCCAAUUGAUCUUGAUCGCAUUGCGCGUGGAUAUUCGACAAAAAUCAAUUUGCGUCGAUAGUCGGUGACUGACAAGGGCAGAGGGCAGAGGCAGAGGCACAUAUGUGACUGUUACAACGAGACGUGACGUCUCGUCUCGCAGCUUCUGUUUAGGUUUAGAUAUAUCCUCUCCGAGUCUUCGAGUUUAGCGCUGACUCGACUCGAAAUGUCCGAGCAGAAUGUCAGCGAUCAAUAUACAACGUGGGUCGGAUUCACGUACAUUUUCAAUCUCAUCGUUGGAACGGGCGCCCUGACUUUACCCGUGGUAUUCAGUCGAGCAGGAUGGGCGUUAGGAUUAAGUGUAAUUUUAAUAUUAGCUUUCAUCAGUUUCAUUACAGUUACAUUCGUCAUAGAAACAAUGGCAUCAGCUAACGCUAUAGUCACAUGGAGGCACAUUCAGCAUCGAAAACGUGUUUUACAAACAAUAGGUGAAUCCGGCCCUUCCAAUUCAGAUUCAGAGGAUACUCCGCUGGUAGCACCCCCUUCGACUAGUCCAGAGCAUUCAGAUAUGUCUUAUAGAUAUUACGUGAUUCGUGAUAAAAUAGAAAUGGGUCAGAUGGCAUCCAUCUUUUUCAACAGAUUUGGCACUAUCUUGUUCUAUAUAUGUUUUGCCAUAUAUCUAUAUGGAGAUUUAAGCAUUUACGGGGCAGCAGUUGCAAAGUCAUUAGCAGAUGUUGCCUGCACUUAUCUGCCAAAAAACCUUACGUGCAACGACACGAUACCAGAUACUGAACCUUGCUGGGAGGGUUUUAUGAUAAAUCGAUUCGAUGCAUAUAGAAUAUUUCUGACAACGUUUGUACUAUCAUUGGGGCCGUUUGUGUUUUUUAAUGUUCAGAAAACUAAGUAUCUUCAGCUACUGACUUCGGUAAUGCGCUGGCUUGCAUUCACUGUAAUGAUCGUCUACGCUUUGAAAAAUCUUAUCGUACACGGUCCUCGGGGCGAUCCACCUAUCGCGAAUUUAGCCGGAGUUCCCAGUCUUUUCGGCGCUUGCGUUUAUUCCUUCAUGUGUCAUCAUUCGUUACCAGCACUGGUUUCACCGAUAGCAAAUAAGUCUAAGCUGAAUCGAUUUCUAGCUCUCGAUUACACAUUAAUAGCUUUCUUUUAUUUAUUAUUAGCGAUGACAGGUAUCUUUGCCUUUGAGCAUUUGGAUGAUCUUUAUACUUUGGAUUUUGGACCACGUGGCUCGGGUGAUUGUUCCAAGAGUAACAAUAUUUUUAUUCUGCUUAUAGAAUAUUUUUUAGCGCUCUUUCCAGUAUUUACUUUGAGUACCAGUUUUCCCAUUAUAGCAAUUACCCUUCGAAAUAAUUUGCAGUCGCUCUUUUUAAAUGAGGAUAAGGCUUACAAUUUAUGUCUUCGGCAAUUCGUCUUCCCUAUUUUAGCAGUAAUACCGCCAUAUCUGAUCGCGAUGAGUACCAAAGAUCUAUCGAAAUUAGUUGGUAUUACAGGAUCAUAUGCUGGAGCAGGGAUUCAAUAUUUAAUACCUACAUUCCUGGUUUAUUAUGCCAGGCAAAAGACUAAUAAGAUUAUCGGUCUUGGCGUCGUUAACAAAUUUGCAAGUCCUUUUUCGGGCAGGUAUUGGUUGGUUUUUGUCGUAGUAUGGGCGAUUGCAUGUAUGAUUUUAGUAUCGGUCAAUUUCAUGCAAAUACAUUUACAAUCCUCCUCCUGAAUUAGUCGAUAACAAAAUUAAUAUUACAUUUACAUUAUACAGAAUCAAAAGAAGAUAGAGCUUAUGUUGUAAACUCGAUUACUAAGAAGACGCAGAUAAGUGUCGACAAAAGUGUUGAUCACGUAUUACGAAUGAUACAUUUCACAAUGUAUCAAUAGUAAAAAUAUAGAUGUUGUGCGGAAUCAUUCAACAGUUUUAAUCGAUAUUGUAUAAGCACACGAUACAAAUUGAAUGGAUGGUGACUAAAGUGAUAAAUCAGAGAUAGACUAAGAAUAAUUGCCGAUAUGUUUGAUGAAAUUUGAAAUCUGUAUGAAAGUUCGUAAUUUGAGACGCUGAUCGUCAUUUGUGGCAGUAUAUGCUCACAUGUAUAUAUGGGGCGAACCGACAAUACUUUAGCACAAGUCAUACAACUUAAAUAUUGGAUAAGUUUAAUGUAGGAAUGUAAUGUGCAUGUAGAGAAAAAGAGUUUGCUCGUUCUCUUUAUAUAUGUAUACUUUACUUUUGUAGAAUUGUCCCGGGACAAAAGCGUAAUUUCGUUAUUAUAAGAAAAUUCUAACAAUUCGUUAUAUUGUAUUUGUAUUUUUUUAUAAGGUAAAAUUAUUUCUCCAUAUUUUGUGUAUUUAUAAUAAAGUAAUGUUAGCGAUAGGUGAUAAUAGUAGCAAUAGCAAAAGUAUGAUGUUACAUUCUUUUUGAGAUCGUAUUUUUGUAUAUGUAUAAAACUGCCAAAAAAUUAUUCGCAGCAUGUCCAUCACACCAGUGUACCUGUGCUAGUAUAGUGUACAAUGAAGAAUAUGUUGCGAGUAUAUAUAUAAAUAUUGAAAUGGAUAAUAAUAAACAGUUGAUUAUACAAGCCUCUUGCCGAUUUAUUUAAACCGGUAUAUGUACACACAUAUAUAUUUUUGCCUUAUAUUUAUUUCGAAUAGAGAUCUCUCUGCACGAGGCAGAUUUUAACACAGAUAGAGAUUUCUCUUCAAGAUUCCAACGAUAGAAGAUAGCACGAUAAAAGCGAUAAAAGCUAUUUUCGAUAAAAUUUUAUAUUCCUGAUUACAUAGAUUAGCGUGGAAUGUGUUACAAUCGCCUUUUUUGCAUAUAGGCACAGUAUUUGUAAGAUCUUGAAUAACCAGCUUUGUGUCUUUACAUAUAUUCGUGAUAACGGAUCAUAAUAAUAUAAAAGCACAAAAAAAAAAAUAAGUUAAAAUAUUUAUUACUUUACAAUUAUUCGGUAAGAAAAAUGAGCUUAUUCUAAUAAUCUUUUUUGUUUUUAAAUGACUCCCAUAAAGUAAGAAUAAAUAUACAACAUCUGUGUGCAACACUAUGUAAUUAGCAAACAAUUAUGUUUAAUUAUAUCAAUAAUUGAAUAAAGGUUCGACGCUGUUCUACAUACGCGAAGAGUACCGGUGUAUGAGAAUGUCAUAUAUAUAUAUAUAUAUAUAUAUGAACGUACGUGAACACUUUGGAGUGAAUAGAUACUGUUAAUUUAUACACCCGCAUAAAAUUCGGGUGUAUAUUUAUAAUAAUAAAUAGCCAUUUUUUCGUACUAUA